AUUUCAAAGUUGGCUUUGCUUAUGGCCUCACAAAGUGCUUCCUUUUGCCAAACCGAUUUGCCAGCCCAGUAUUAUUAAAGUUUUCCAAUUGAUUGUCGAAAAUGACUGUUUCCUAUACCGCUGAGGUUGCAACUUGUCGUCGCUUCGGUUGCUUUUGGAAACUUUUGAUCAGAUGGCGUGCAAGUAUCUACAAGAUUAUUUGGGUGGAUCUCCUAACGUUUUUGACUUGUUUCUACUUCAUGGCCAUCGUUUACCGCUUUGGUUUAAGAGAAUGCGAUAAAGUAAUUUUUGAGGACAUUGUGAUGUAUUGCCACAGUUAUGGCAAUAUGAUUCCUCUCUCUUUCGUCCUGGGAUUCUAUGUUUCCAUUAUAGUGGAGCGCUGGUGGAGUCAGUAUACUACUGUCCCCUGGCCUGAUCCUUUGGCGGUGUACGUUAGUGCCUUGGUCCGGGGCCAGGACGAGCAUGGUCGUCUGAUGAGACGCACAAUCAUGCGGUACAUGUGUCUGGCCUUGACCAUGGUUCUAUCAAUGAUCUCGCCGGUAAUCAAAAGACGCUUUCCGACCUACGAAGAGCUAAUCGAAGUGGGUCUACUGAAUACCAACGAGGCCAAUAUAAUCAGAGGUAUGGACGUCAAGUUUCCCAAGCAUCCAAAGUACUGGAUGCCCAUUAUUUGGGCCAGCAGUAUUGUGACGAGAGCUCGAAAGGAGGGACGCAUUUGGGACGAUUUCUCACUGAAGUCCAUGAUUGAUGAGCUUAAUAAAUUUCGAUCUGGAUGCAAUAUGCUUACUCAUUACGACAUGAUCUCUGUUCCUUUAGUUUACACACAGGUUGUGACUCUGGCUGUGUACACCUACUUUUUCGCCGCCAUUUUUGGCCAUCAGUGGAUCGACAGAGAGUCGAAAACCGAGAACUAUCAGAAUAUAGUGAACUACUACUUUCCGCUCUUUUCCACCUUGGAGUUUUUCUUCUUUAUGGGCUGGCUGAAAGUGGCCGAAACUUUGAUUUGUCCCUUUGGCGACGACGACGAUGACUUCGAGCUCAACUGGGUGAUCGACCGAAAUCUCCAAGUCAGUUACCUAAUCGUGGAUGAGAUGCACAACGAUCACCCGCAACUGGUGAGGGAUCAGUACUGGGACGAGGUGUUCCCGAACGAACUGCCCUAUCUGGUGGAAGCCGAGAGGGCGGAGCAUCCGGAAGCGUCCACCGCUAGGUUGCCCCUGGCCAAACAUCAAGUCACUGUUGCGGCGACGGCCCCCAAAAGUGACGAAACCGACUGGACCGAGUUUGAUGGUGAGCAAGAGGUCGACAACGAACUAAAGAUCCGAUUCGCCCCGCGCCAGUUCAAAUUCAGCCACAGCUCCAUUUCGAUUACGGACAGUCUGGGUGGCGACACCAUUGACAUGGGAGACGAGGAGGGCGACGAGAUGAAGAGCCAGUUCUCCAGCCAGGAUGAUUUCGAGCUCCUCAAGGUGGAGCGAGAGAAACAACGCAUGGACCGGCAGAUGCAGCACGCCGCCCUCACCUUGGAACUGAUGAGAAGCGAAAUGGGCUCAGAUGGAUCAGAUAAUAGCUCGGACUCCAGGAGCCGAGGAAAGGAGGUGCAGACCGACAAAAGCUACACCAGCCAAAUGAAAAAGGAAAAACAGGACGAGGAUAAAGAUAAGGAGGAAAAGAAAGAGUGAAAUUUACUAUUUUAUAAUAUAAUAAAAUAUCGUU